GGAGGGGGAGCGAAGGGUGAGGCAGCACUCGGCCAUCAUCGGCGGAGGCGCGCACAGUUCAGUGACCUGCCUUGGCGUCGGUGGGGCAGCGGCCUGAGGGGCAGCGGGGAGUUCUGACAUAUUGUGAGAUGCCAGCCCGCUCUACGCCGGUCCCCGAAAAACACCUCCAUCUCUCUCUGUUUCUCUCUCUCUCGCUCUUUCUCUCUCUCGCUCUCUGUCCUCUCUGCACGCGUACGUACAAGAGACACGCAUACUCUCGCUCGAAGCUCGUCGAACCCCGAAAUAUAUUCACGCGGCAGUCGUGGACUUUCCGCGAGUUUUUCCGGCCGUAGAAUACACGAAGAAAGAACGUCUCCUUGAUAGUGUCUAAUAUACUAAUAUACAUACUACGUACAUAAUAUAUCGUACAUCGCGCGAGUGCAUGCGCCAACCUCUCGAAAUUUUUCACGGAGAAAGGAAUCGUGUCGCGAGUGUAUCGUCGUCGUCGUCGUCGUCGUCGUCGUCGUCGUCGUCGUCGUAGUCGCCAACGUUCGUGCCUUUCUAUUUAUCUUUCUUCCGUCUCUCGCAUUGCCCUUUCUCCAUACGCGAUCAAGUCGCACACACCUCCUUGUCUCUUUCUUCUUAUUCUUCCUUCUUCUUCUCAUCGUAUCAAUCGAAAGAGGACAUCGAAGGGACAAACUCGCGAGUUAGCCGGAAGAGAGCGUCGAGUGCGCGCAUGUUGGUGUUUACGUGCGAGGAGUGCCGACAAACGAAACGAAAGAAAACGAACGAGUUUGACUUUGGAAAGGCUCCAGAUUGAAAAACUCGUGCGUUACUAUUCGUUAGUGAUAUUAGUGGUCGCGCGCGCGCGCGUGUAUUUUCUUGACCGCGCGCUGUAUCGGCGCUUGCGCGACACGCGCGACCGCUCGUGGCGGUCGAGCUAUCGGAAACAAGUCGACUGUGUGUGUUUCGAGUCUUUCUCGUUGACUCGAACGCCCGAGAUCGCGUUUAUAAUCCGGCCAAACUUUUUCUUUCAAGUUUCUACUUCUUCCAAAAUUGCGUAAAUCUUAUCUAUUUCUCUUCUCUUUUUCAUAAAACUGAUAAGUGCCUGAAUAGUUACAUCUAUAUACACACAUAUUUCUAUAUAUAUACACUUAUAUUUCUAUAUAUAUAUGUAUACAUACACAUAUAUAUAUAUAUAUAUAUGAAAUUGGACAUUUUCUUCGAAGAACAUGGCGAAGAACGAACAUAACCUCCUACCAUCGUCCUCGACUAUGACAAUAUAAACCGGUAUUUCACCGUGCGCGAUCUCUCCAAGAUCUCCAGCUUCUCCUACGAGCGGAUAUAUCUCUUGGUUGUCGUCGUCCAGUGUCGUCGUUACUCCAAAGUACCUUCUUAGAUCGUCCUACGCCGUUACGAAGUAUCGCUCUGUUUCUAUCUUUUUUCGAGCUUGAACGAAGAUAGCGUCCUCGUUGUUCUCAAAGUCUUUUUGCGCUCUCCCCCCCCACCCACCCUCCCCACCUCUCUCUGUCUUUCUAAAAAAUAUAAGUGACUACUACUAUCCAAGCACGUGCUCUCGCGAUAGUCCACGCUCGUUUAACGAUCGUCUCUCCUAUCUCCUGGUCCAUCUGCUCUGCGAGUACACGGUGAAACGUAAGGAACGAUUCCAACGUUGGCAAUGGCUCGUAGCCGACCGUAGUCAUACUUAGACGAUAGAGACGAGAAGAAGAAACGAGAAGGAAAAGCUAAGAGAUAAAUCUCUCGUUUUGAUUUCGGGAGUUCCGGGUGUAUAGUAGCCGGCGCGUUGCACUCUCUAGCCGGGGCAAGGCAUGACGCACGUCGAAGAUGCGAGCGUGCCGGGUGACUGUACUCUGGGUUCAUCGUUCUCGGUUAUGUAAUGUUCGACCGUAUGGUGCAAGCGCCUCGACGCUACUCGUGGCGCUAGAGUUGUCGGACUCGCGCGAGAAGGAACGAGAGAGAAAAACAGAUAGAGGGAGAGAGAGAGAGAGAGAGAGAGAGAGAGAGAGAGAGAGAGAGAGAGAGAGGGGCAGGCAACGCGAUAUAGGAGAGACAUAGGGCACACCGAAUCUCUUCGUCGCUUCCGUGCAUCUCUUUCCACGUAUAUACCUAAUGUAUUAAACGCGUGAAUGUACGCUUGUGCGCACGUCCGUACGGUGCGUGUGCGUGUGCGUGACGUCGCUUCCCCCCUCCCCCUCUCUUCUUGCAUCGGCUUAAUGCACUCAUAUAACGAUAUUGAGCCAAGCAGCAUCACGACGAAGCUCCGAACGAAAAUAGAGAUCGGCGAGGAACAUUUCUGCAGCCAACGCAUUAUUUUUUUCCCUCCCAUCGACUUUUCAUUCUUCUUCGUCUUUUCGUCUCUCCAGCUGGCUGAUUGACGCUCACGCUCUCUCUCUCUCUCUCUCUCUCCCCCCCUCUCUGUCUCUCUCUUGUUCUAUCUAUCGUUAGAUAUAGUGGCAAGAGUGGUCCGUGAUGGUGUAAAACGUAGGAUCGAUUGAAUGUCAACGUCGAGUUCAAAUUCCGAGGUCCUCGAAAGGGCCAACGUCUAGACGUAUAUUCCCGUGGUAUCGUGCAACGAGUUCAAAGUCGAACUCGCUUAACGCAAACGUCGAGGAAAGAGAAACAUCGACGAGAAGAAAAAAAGAGAUCACGCGCGCGCAUAAUCCUCCGAUGAUCACGGAGGCGCGAGGACGCAAGACGUUGUCGAGGAAGAACAAUGACGAGGCAGAGCUCAUUGCCAGAUGACGAGUCGUAAAUGAUAGAGGAGAGGACGAUCAUUUUUGUCAAUGGAGGGAAGUCUUUCGGUAUUCGGUGGAUCGACUUGGGGCGCGGACAGUACAAGCCCGCAGCCACGGGAAGAUACCAGACAGAGAAUUGGCCCGACUCAACCUACGAGCCCUGCGAAUAAUACCGCGGACGAUCGUAAACUGCACGUUAAUUCGAUACGAGCCCAGAUCGAGAUAAUCCCGUGCAAGGUGUGCGGCGACAAGAGCAGCGGCGUUCAUUACGGUGUAAUCACCUGCGAGGGUUGCAAAGGUUUCUUCAGGCGGUCCCAAUCGUCCGUCGUCAACUACCAAUGUCCGCGGAACAAAAACUGCGUGGUCGACCGUGUAAACAGAAACCGGUGCCAGUAUUGCCGUUUGCAAAAGUGCCUACGCCUCGGCAUGUCCAGAGAUGCCGUUAAAUUCGGGCGUAUGUCAAAGAAGCAGCGGGAGAAGGUCGAGGAUGAGGUCAGGUUUCAUAGGGCACAAAUGAGAGCGGCCUCUGAAACGGCUCCCGAUAGCAGUGUGUUCGAGCAUCAAACGCCCAGCAGUUCGGAUCAGCACCACCCUUACAACGGCGGGUACCCGUACGGUGGAAGCGAGUACGCUUCGCCCGGACCCGGUACGGGUGGUUCCGGUUAUUACAAUCAUCAAGCGAUGACGAAUUACGAGCUGAGCGCCGAUUACGUCGACAGUACGACGGCCUACGACCCUAGGCCGACGCAGACGCAAGUGGCGGACACCGUCGCACCAGACACACCCUCCGCGGUUACGGCAACCGGAGUACUUCCCAGUGUGGUCACCACCGGAAAGUCGCUGUCUGCCUCGACAACCGGAAGCAGCACAGGCGGUGGCGGCAGUGCUGGUGGAGGCAGCGGCAGUAGCGGCGGCGGCAGCGGCGGAGGAGGAGGAGGAGGAGGCGGAGGAGGAGGAGGAGGAGGCAGCAGCGGCGGUGGGGGUGGGGGUGGAGGUGGUAACGGUGGUAGCAACGCUGGUAGUGCCGGUAGUGGUGGUGGUGCUGGUGGUGGUGGUGGUGCUGGUAGUGGUAGUAACGGAGGAGGUGCCGGCGGCACUGCUGCUGCCGGUGGAACGGUUGGUAGCGCUGGAGGUGGUGGUAACGGUGGUGGUAGUGGUGGUGGUGGUGGUGGUGGUGGCGGUGGUGGUGGCGGUGGUGGUGGCGGUGGUGGUGGUGGUGGUGGCAGCGGCGGUGGUGGCGGUAGUGGUGGUUCGCUGAGCGGGGGUGGAAUCGUUGCUGUCAAGCAAGAAACUACCGUCGAACUCGCCAGCUUGGGACACGGCUCGUACACGAUGGUCGACUCGACGACCUUUCUGAGUGGUCAGCAACAAAGGGUCAGCAAUCCAUCCGAGGACGACGAAGUGCCGAGUCUGCCCAGUAUGUCCCAUGCGAGAUAUCCAGCACAGAUCAGUGAGCUCCUCUCGAAGACGAUAGCGGACGCGCACGCGAGAACGUGCCUGGUGUCGACGGAACAGAUACAGGAGUCAUUCCGGAAGCCCCACGACCUCUCCAGAUUGCUCUACUACAAGAACAUGGCGCACGAGCAACUUUGGCUCGAAUGUGCUCAAAAGUUAACCACUGUUAUCCAGCAGAUCAUCGAGUUCGCUAAAAUGGUCCCUGGAUUUAUGAAGCUCUCGCAGGAUGACCAAAUUGUUCUACUCAAGGCCGGUUCCUUCGAGUUGGCUGUGCUACGAAUGAGCAGGUACCUCGAUCUCCAGCAAAAUUGCGUCCUCUACGGCGACACUAUGUUGCCUCAGGAUGCGUUUUACACGACGGAUACGGCGGAAAUGAAGCUGGUUUCCUGCGUGUUCGAGCUGGCUAGAAGCGUUGCCGAAUUGAAGCUAACCGAAACGGAGUUGGCGCUUUAUAGCGCUGCGGUAUUACUCAGUCCCGAUCGGCCGGGACUGAAGGGAUUGGCGGAGAUCACGAGGCUUUCGCAGGCGGUGAUACGGGCACUGAGGUCGGAGCUGGACCGGAAUCACGUGUCACCGAUAAAAGGCGACGUCACCGUGUGCGACGCGAUCCUCGCGAAGAUUCCGCAACUGCGGGAGAUCUCGCUCUUACACAUGGACGCCCUGGCGAAGUUCAAACGGUCGCAGCCGCACCUCGAGUUUCCGGCCCUUCACAAAGAGCUUUUCAGCGUCGACAGCUGAACGAUCGACGCGACGCAGGGCGUCCCGACGCUGACAAACAAAGCGGAACGCGAAUAGCGCGGGGCCUUGCUCUGUCGAGAUAAUUUCCUUCGUAAAGAACGUAUUGGGCCUUAAAUAAACAUAACAUUGUUAUAUAUAAAGUAUACAUAAAAAAGCAACAUAAAGUAUAUAUAAAAGAUAUAUAGAAGUAUAUAUAUAUGUAUAUACACACACACACAUAUAUAUAUAUAUAUACAAAUAUAAAAAAAAAAUAUAUAUAUAUAUAUAGAGAGAGAGAGAGAGAGAGAGAAAAUCGAGCGUGAGAGUGUGCAAAAGUGUGACAGCGAACGGAACAAAAUGUAAGAGAACGUGAGAGAGUGAGAAUGAUAAAAAGAACAAAAUAUCGAACGAGAGCGUAAAGUGAGAUAUCGGUUGUUACGAUACAUACAUAAAGUAUAUAUUGUAUUAACUAACAAAAAAAAAAAAAUAAAAUAAAAUAAUCUGGUUGAGUCCACCAGGAUAGCCUUAGGACGAGCAUCGUUAACUCGAGGACUGCCGUAAACGUGAACAUUUUGACCGAGUCGCUAUCUCGACGUAGACACCGAAAUAUAUGUAAAUGCAGGCGAUAUAAAUGAAAAGAAAAAAAAAAAAAAAAGAAAAAAGAAAAAAAAAUGAACAUAUACACACAUGAAGUGAGAAAGACUGCAAGAUUGAACUAGAGAGAGAUGGAGGAGAAACAAGAGAAAUCCAUUUGAUCGAAACGACAAAGACAACUAGAGUAACGUCGAAGCCGAGAGGGUCGAGUCGAGCGUAUCGAUUAGAAGCAACGAUCUCCCCUUUUUGUUAUCACGAAAAUGAAACUCGAGACUAAAAGUUAAAAAGGAAAAAAAAACCGAAAAAGCUACGAAAAAGGAAAGAAAAAAAAAAAAAAAGAAAAUAUUACAUAUAUACAUAUAAUAUAUAUGCAUGGCCGAUGGUCACGUUCGACCGAUCCUCCGACCUCUUCCAUUACACACCUUUCAGUAGUGAUUCGUUAGUCCUGAGCUACUCUAUGAAUAAAAUACAUUAUAAUUACAUAAAUAUGCAUACAUACAUAUAUAAUAAAAGUAAAAAUAAAAAAAAAAAAUAAAAUAAAAAAAAUAUAAAAAAGUAUAUUUUGGCGGCACGGUCAAAAUUCGUCAAUCCUCGAGCCCUCGGAGCGGGGAUUAAAAAUACGUUUAGAUAAUUUUGUCCUGGGACUAGCCUGGACGGUCACAGAAUGCGAACACACAUACACGUACACGUACAGAAACACAAACAGAAAACAUGCACAGAGAAGGCACAUACACGUAAAAAAACACAGACCCAUACAGAAAGGGACAGUAUACAUACAUAUAUACAUACACGAAGUGCAUACAUACAUACAGGACAAGACGCUCGACAGAGACAAGAGAAAAAGAAGAAGAAAUAUAAACAAAUAGAUACUGGAUAAAAAAAAAAAGACGGUCACACAGAGAUAGGACACACGUCUGCGCGAGCGCGUAGAGAUAGUUAAUCGAGUACACAUUAUGUGCGCAUUAACGUUUUGGUACCGUAAAGCACUGUCUAACGCGCCUCUCUUUAUACGUAACACACGUAUUUCUUAAAUACUUUAAAAAUAAAUAAUCCAAUACCGCGGUGAAAAGCCUCUCGAAGCGAUUUUUACGCACUGUUAUCGGCUCUCCUUGCUCGUCGUUGCCCGAUCGUUGUCACGUAAGCGAUCGCAUGCACGAUUGUUACUACUUACACGAUUAAAUUUGUUGCUUCUUCAUUAACAACAACAACAACAACAACAACAACAACAACAAGAACAACAAGAACAACAACAAUAUCGAUCGCUCUCUUGCUUUCUAAUUAUACAGUCGCGUCCAUUUCUCUUCCUCGCUCCCCCAAGAGAAUGGACGUAUCCAAUUUUUGACGAUAACGUAGCCGAUCGUAGCGUGAUCGUAGAUCAUAGUGACAAAAGCAAAAUUUGGAUGCGUUACAGACUCUAGCAAUUACGGUUCGUACCUAUCGACAUCCUCAUUACGCAAGAAAAGAAAAAAGAAAAGAAAAAAUAGGAAGAAACCAAAAGAAUCGCAUAAGAGAUAAUUUUUGAAUCUCGACGAUCGCACAACGACGCGAAGAGGAGAGCGAUGGCGAACCCGUGACGGUGCGCCGACUGACACGUUUCCGGACGGUUAAAUAUAACUUAUAGAACGAAAUUAAGGGAUGCAUAAUUAUUCUGCCGAUUAACGAGUAAGUGCGUAGAAUUUAUUUAAUUGUAGAUAAAGGGAGAAAAAAAAAGAGAAAACGAACGAACACGUACAUACACAGAAUCACGUACGCGCGAGUGCAAAUAUACAUCUUAUCCAUGAUCGUUCACGACCUACCUAGACACAAGACACACAUGCACACUUCCACGUCCACCGUCAACCACCACCACCACCAUCACCACUACCACUACCGUACACAUACACGUUUACUUACCCUCCCACAGAGAGAACGAGAAUGCAUGAGAGUGAAUGAAUAAGAAAAAGAGAGAGAGAGAAAGGAAGAUACGAAUGUGUGAGAGAAAGAAAUCUAAAAAGUAUGAGAGAUAAACGGAAAGCGAGAGACACGUACACGAAAAAAAAAAAAAAAAAAAAUAAAUAAAUAAAUAAAUAAA